AGGAGAAGAGAGCGUGACUCAGAGAUGGUCAGUCCCUGUUCAGUCAGUGUUCACAUCAAUUCUUUUCCACCAGGAUGGAACCACCCGCGGGUUCCGUCAAUGGUUUGCGCGCUGCGCCUGGCUUAAGCGGUGACUACAUGGACAAACUGUUGAAGCACCGGGGUUCCACAGCACAGCCGCAACAGGCAGGUGUAUUUUUAGCUGCUUCCCUUCUCCAGUGCUCGAUCAGGGCUUGAUGCAGAAAGUCGCACCAGUUGAGGAAUUUCCCGAGUUUGGAGAGACGAGCUGCGCAUCCAAGAAGACGCUGGUUUUAAAAACCAAGAGACGGCGAUAACUAUCAGUUCAUGUACUUCAAAUUCACUAAUAUUGGAGAACAUUGUGUGGGUCUACAGCUGCGAGGAUAAAGUGGAGAGAGGCAGAGAGAGCACAGGAGAUUUUGUUCACCCCCGCAUGUCUUCUCCUGCUCCGGCUGUAACCUCUCCAGGCUCCGGGGCGCAGCGCGUCACUCUGCGCCGAUGGAGAGCUUAUACUCUCUGGGUCAACUUGGAUACAGUUUGUGGUUGGACUUCUUGACUCGGUGAAUUGAAGAGAAGGGCUGAAUAUUGGGGAAAAAGAGCAAGAAGACGUGGAUUCCUGAGGCGCACCGUUGAUGUGCGCAGCUUUUUUUUUCUGUCAGAUUUUCUGUGCAACACCGGCAACUAAAUUGUUCAACAGGAAGACGAUGAUCCGGAGUGCUUUGAAAACCGGAUUCCUCCUGGUCGGAUAUUUGCUUCGGGUUUGAGAGGGAAACAGAGACGCAGCAGAAGCUCUGGAGUUACAGAGGAGAAGAAUUUUGGAAAGUGGACCUCACAUUUACGGAUUACCGGGGCUUUUUCUUCUCCUCAACAACUGCAGACGCGCUCUUCUUUAAUGUCUGAACAGACUGUUGCGUUGCCAUGACGAGCGAGGAGGAGGAGGGCCCCAGCGUUGCAACAUCCACAGCGGCGACCCCGUCAACGGCAACAAUCUCCAGGGUAACAGCAGCGACAACAGCCAGGGAGGAUGGCGGUGACGCCAUCACUUCCUCUUUCCCCCACAUAUGCUCCCCGUACCACCUCCCGUGUCCUGAGGAGAAAGAAGAGAAAGAGGAGGAAAUAGAGGAGGAAGGGAUUAUUCAAGAGGAAAGGAUCGAGAAAGUGGAGGAGGAGGAGGAAUGUGAGAGGGAGGAUGAUGAUGAAGAUGACGCCAGCAGUGACACCAGUGUGUUAGUGGUGCCUUACCCCGAGCUCGUACCUGUGGUCUUCUUCUGCCUCAAGCAAACGACCUGCCCUCGCAGCCUGUGCAUCCGCAUGGUCACCAGCCCGUGGUUCGAACGCGUCAGCAUGAUGGUGAUCCUGCUGAACUGUGUGACCCUGGGAAUGUACCAGCCCUGUGAGAACAUCGACUGCUCCUCUGACCAAUGCCAAGUUCUAUCGGCCUUUGAUGCUUUUAUCUACAUCUUCUUUGCUAUGGAGAUGGUUAUAAAGAUGGUCGCACUGGGAAUCUUUGGUCACCGCUGUUACCUCGGGGACACGUGGAACCGUCUGGAUUUCUUUAUCGUCAUGGCGGGGAUGAUUGAAUACUCUCUGGACCUGCAGAACAUCAACUUCACAGCCAUCAGAACAGUGAGAGUACUCCGGCCGCUGAAAGCAAUUAACAGGGUGCCAAGCAUGCGUAUCCUGGUGAACCUGCUGCUCGACACUCUCCCCAUGCUGGGCAACGUCCUCCUCCUCUGCUUCUUUGUCUUUUUCAUCUUUGGCAUCAUCGGGGUGCAGCUGUGGGCGGGGCUGCUGAGGAACAGAUGCUACCUGCAGGAGAACUUCACACUCACCACCGGCAUCAGUCUGCCUCGGCCGUACUACAUGGCCGACGAGGAUGACGAGCGGCCCUUCAUCUGCUCCCUGCCAGUCGACAACGGCAUCAUGUCCUGCUCUGACGUCCCUGCGCGCCGCGAGGGAGGGAAGUCCUGCUGCCUGGACAAAGACGACGUGCUGUACCGCCAGUCGCUGGGCCUGAGUCCCGAACCUCUGGUCAAUGGCAGCGUCAGUGUAGCCGGACUCUGUGUCAACUGGAACCAGUACUACACCAGGUGUCACACUGGAUACAGAAACCCCCACAAAGGAGCCAUCAACUUUGACAACAUCGCCUAUGCCUGGAUCGUCAUUUUCCAGGUGAUCACACUGGAGGGCUGGGUGGAGAUCAUGUACUAUGUGAUGGACGCACACUCGUUCUACAACUUCAUCUACUUCAUCUUACUCAUCAUCGUCGGCUCCUUCUUCAUGAUCAACCUGUGCCUGGUCGUCAUCGCCACCCAAUUCUCAGAGACCAAGCAGCGAGAGCAUCAGCUGAUGCAGGAGCAGCGAGCGCAGUUCUCAUCCUCCUCGACCCUCGCCAGUGAACCUGGAGACUGCUAUGAAGCCGUUUUCCAGCUGGUCUGCCACCUUCUCCGCAAGGCCAAGAGACAAACCAUCACCUUUUUCAACACCUUGCGAGGGAAACCACGGGGCUUCCGGGGAGUCGGUAGAGGAGGCGGAGGAAGGAGGGAGAGGAAGGCCAAUGGACGGGGAGGACGUGAGAGGAGAGCGAUGUUGAGGCACGGUCCACCCUGCCCUCACCAUAACAGACCUGACCACGCCUCAUCUGGACAACCCAUGGCCCUCACUGCCACUUCUGCAUCCGAUGGUUGCCAUCGAUGUGCUGCAGCCUUAUCGGUCGCCGACGGCGUUGGACCACUACGCAGUGCAGCCGGUGGGGAAUCGGAGGAGGCGGCGGUGGAGGAAACCGACAGGGAGGGGGCAAACGACAAGAACGAGUGCACAAAGAGCCAAGACGGCACAGGGAGCAGUGGAUGCUGUCGUCCCAAGAAGCGAUGCGAUGAGCUGUGGUACCACGUUAGGAUGAAGCUGUGGAACAUUGUGGAGAGCAAGUACUUUAACCGAGGCAUCAUGAUUGCCAUCCUUAUCAACACCAUCAGUAUGGGCAUCGAACACCAUGAGCAGCCAGAGGAGCUCACCAAUGUUUUGGAGAUCUGCAACAUCGUCUUCACCAGCAUGUUCUCCCUGGAGAUGAUCCUCAAACUCACAGCUUUUGGUUCGUUCAGCUACCUGCGAAAUCCCUAUAACGUGUUUGAUGGAGUGAUCGUCAUCAUAAGUGUGUGUGAGAUUGUCGGCCAGUCUGACGGCGGCUUGUCAGUGCUGAGGACCUUCAGGUUGCUGAGGGUGCUGAAGCUGGUGAGGUUCAUGCCUGCUCUGAGGAGACAGCUGGUGGUCCUCAUGAAGACCAUGGACAAUGUGGCCACCUUCUGCAUGCUGCUCAUGCUCUUCAUCUUCAUCUUCAGUAUCUUGGGGAUGCACAUCUUUGGUUGUAAGUUUAGUCUGAAGACGGAGACUGGUGACACAGUACCAGAUAGGAAAAAUUUUGACUCCCUCUUAUGGGCCAUUGUCACAGUUUUCCAGAUUCUGACCCAGGAAGACUGGAACGUGGUUUUGUACAACGGUAUGGCAGCUACUUCACCAUUUGCAGCCCUUUACUUUGUGGCCCUGAUGACCUUUGGAAACUACGUCCUCUUCAACCUGCUGGUCGCCAUUUUGGUUGAAGGCUUUCAGGCAGAGGGUGAUGCUAAUCGUUCUUAUUCAGACGAUGACCGGUCUUCUUCCAACUUUGACGAAAGUGAGAGACACGACUCCAUAAAGCUGUCUGACCCAAGGAUCUGUACCUUGACGCCUAACGGCCACCUGGAGCUUGGGGCUCUUUCUGGAACCAGGGGGUCCUAUUCCUCGGAGAGGCGGAGCUUCACCAUGGAGUCCAGGAAGAGCAGCAUGAUGAGCCUGGGCAAGAGCAGCCUGGAGAGACGCUCCCUCUCUCUGCGUCAUGGGCGUAGUUCCAACUAUCACAACUGGGGGCGCCCUUACCAUCCACAGUCUGCAUGGAGCCGCAGGUCUAGCUCCAACAGCCUAGGCCGGAGGAGCUACAGGUUUGGUGGUGCUCCUCUUGUCGGUGGCAGCCUCCGUGUGCACAGCACCCGCAGCCCCCACUCCCACACCUAUGCCGCCGAGCAGGAGUCCCUUCUCUCCCAUCCACCGCACUCCCAUCAUCCUCUACUGCCUCAUCAUCCACCUCCACCCCCGCUGUUUCUCUCGAGGCACUCUGCUGCGAGGAUGGAUCGACGAGCUCUUUCCCUGGAGCUGCCAGAGCUGCUGCGGGCAGGCGGACAGGCCCCGGGCCCUCCUCCUGUUCAUCCAGACCCUGGAAGGAGGAAUGGGUCGGGGGCAGGGGGAUCCAUCACCGGAGGGUCUGGGCUUAGUAGUGGCUUAGGAGUGGACCACCGAGACUGUAAUGGCAAAGCAUCGGGGCCCCUCAUCCAGCUCAUGACUGAGGUUUUCCCUCAAGUCAAUGCACGCAAGGACAGAACAGACCUUGAUGAAGAGACGGACUAUAGUCUGUGCUUCCGUGUCCAGAAGAUGACGGAGGUGUACAAGCCAGACUGGUGUGAAUCCAGAGAGGCGUGGUCUGUUUAUCUGUUCUCACCACAGAACAAGUUCAGAAUUCUCUGCCAGUCCAUCAUUGCCCAUAAGCUUUUUGACUAUGUGGUCCUGGCUUUCAUCUUUCUCAACUGCAUCACCGUGGCUCUGGAGAGACCCAGGAUUCUGCAGGGAAGCCUGGAACGACUGUUUCUCACCGUUUCCAACUACAUCUUUACGGCCAUUUUUGUUACAGAGAUGACUGUCAAGGUGGUGUCCAUGGGUCUCUACCUGGGUGAGAAGGCCUAUCUGAGGAGCAGCUGGAACAUUCUAGACGGUUUCCUGGUCUUCGUCUCUUUGAUAGACAUCGUGGUGUCCAUGGCGGGUGGAGCUAAGAUCCUGGGGGUGCUGCGCGUUCUCAGGCUGCUCAGAACAUUGCGUCCUCUCAGGGUGAUCAGCCGGGCUCCAGGGUUAAAGCUGGUAGUUGAGACGCUCAUCACGUCCCUCAAGCCAAUCGGCAACAUCGUCCUCAUCUGCUGCGCCUUCUUCAUCAUCUUUGGCAUCCUUGGUGUCCAGCUCUUCAAAGGAAAGUUCUUCUACUGCGUGGGCUUCGACGUGAAGAACAUCACUAACAAAUCCGACUGUCUGGCUGCUAACUAUCGAUGGAUUCACCACAAAUACAACUUUGACAACCUCGGACAGGCUCUGAUGUCCUUGUUUGUGCUGGCCUCCAAAGAUGGAUGGGUUAACAUCAUGUACCAUGGUCUGGAUGCUGUGGGGAUCGACCAGCAGCCUCUGACCAACAACAAUCCCUGGAUGCUGCUUUACUUCAUCUCCUUCCUCCUGAUCGUCAGCUUCUUCGUCCUCAAUAUGUUCGUGGGCGUGGUGGUGGAGAACUUCCAUAAGUGUCGGCAGCACCAGGAGGUGGAGGAGGCCAAGCGGCGCGAGGAGAAGCGCCAGCGCCGCAUGGAGAAGAAAAGGAGAAAGGCCCAGAAGCUGCCUUACUAUGCAUCUUACGGCCGCGCCCGCUUGGCGAUCCACACGCUGUGCACCAGCCACUAUCUGGAUUUAGUCAUCACCUUCAUCAUCUGCAUCAACGUCAUCACCAUGUCCCUGGAGCACUACAGCCAGCCACAGUCUUUGGAGACAACGCUCAAGUACUGCAACUACUUCUUCACCUCCACCUUCGUGAUUGAAGCCACCCUGAAAUUGGUUGCCUUCGGGUUCCGACGCUUCUUCAAAGACAGGUGGAACCAGUUGGACCUGGCCAUUGUGCUGCUGUCAGUGAUGGGCAUCACUCUGGAAGAGAUUGAGAUCAACGCCUCCCUCCCAAUCAACCCCACAAUCAUCAGGAUCAUGAGGGUGCUCAGAAUUGCACGAGUGUUGAAGUUGUUGAAGAUGGCGACGGGGAUGAGAGCGCUGCUUGACACAGUGGUCCAGGCUCUUCCUCAGGUGGGAAAUCUGGGUCUGCUCUUCAUGUUGCUGUUCUUCAUCUACGCUGCUCUGGGAGUGGAGCUGUUUGGAGAGCUGGUGUGUAACGCUGACUACCCAUGUGAGGGAAUGAGCCGCCACGCCACCUUUGAAAACUUCGGAAUGGCCUUCCUCACGCUCUUCCAGGUUUCCACCGGUGACAACUGGAAUGGCAUCAUGAAGGACACACUGAGGGAGUGUCCACCGGGCCGCCCGGGCGGUGACUACGGCUGCCACCCUGGACUACAGUUCAUCUCUCCGUUGUACUUCGUGUCCUUCGUGCUCACGGCUCAGUUCGUCCUGAUAAACGUGGUGGUGGCCGUGCUCAUGAAGCAUCUGGACGAUUCCAACAAGGAGGCGCAGGAGGACGCCGAGAUGGACGCCGAGAUCGAGCUGGAGCUGGCUCAGGGAGGCCUCUGCUGCAUGAUGGGAAACAUCGGAGCCAUCGCCGGGGCCACGGGUGGCGCCGCGGGCGGGCCAGGCGUGGGCGGAAUGGUCUCCGGUGCUCCGAUUGCAGCGGGGACAGUCGGCGGUCCGGGUGGUUUGGUGAUCGCACCGCUGCGAGAGGGAGGAGAAGGUGGCGCGGCUCAUGACGGACGCACGCAUCAUCAGUGUCGGCUCUAUUCUCCAGCACAGGAGAGCCAGUGGUUGGACAGUGUGUCUCUGCUUAUUAAGGACUCAUUGGAAGGAGACAUGAUUGACAACCUCUCCGGUUCAGUUUUCCACCACUACUGUUCUCCUCCUGUCUGUAAGGACUGCAAGAGUCACCCACAAGAGAUCCGACUGGCGGAGGUGGAGCAGGCGUCUCUCAUGUCGGAGCAGCUGUCAGACAAGUCAUCGUCUCCAGCGCUGCCUGAUGACCUCAGCCUUGAUGAACACAGCAACUACCAGCUGCUGGUCAGAGACAGCCAGAUGGGCAGCAGUGACUCCCACAGUUCAGAGGAGCUGUCCACUCAGGUGGGCUACAGAGGGCUUCGUCCAUCCAGUUCUGGGAGUGAGGACGGGGUCCGGGAGUUGUUUGAGGUGGGCGUCCAUCAUCAGGUGAACCCUCCUUUGUUGGAGCAGAGGAGUCCCGCACAUGUUACAGAUAAUGAUGGAGAAAGCUGCUGUGGAGGUGGUGGCAGGUCUUCGCCUCUCUUCCAUCUACCAGCAGACUUCUUUCAUCCAGCUGCCGCAGCUCAUCCAGGGAGUCCUGGGAACAGUGUUGGCCCAGGAGACAGAGGGCCGUCAAUGUUGGCCUCCCCAGCCUCGUGGGCCUCCCUACGCUCACCGGGAGCCAACAGCAGACCCCUGAGCUCUCAGCACCCAUCCCACAGUGACUCCUCCCUGGCCACGGGCAGUUCGGAGGGUAGCCUGCAGACCACUCUAGAGGAGGGUCUCAGCUUCAGCGUCUCCCCGCACCGGGACCUGGACCUCCCAGUGCCUCUCCUCUGCCCUCUACCCACCCACCACUUACAUCCCCAGGAACCAGUCUCAGGAGACCAGGGCAAUGCUUUAGUUAAGAGACGCAGUAAUACUGUUUCCCUCAAAGCCACCAGGGGGCACCAGAGGAGCCAAAGCAGCUGUGGAGGUGGCAGCACCAGCCCAGGCUGUCCCCGCCAAGACUCCAUGGACCCUUCGGAUGAGGAUGUGGGUACUGGGACAGGUGGAGAUAGCUGCCGCCAGACUUUUAACAGUGAACACUUAUCAGAAACACUGAUCAGCCUCUCACUGACGUCUCUGCUCACGCCCGGUUCUCUGGCACCCCAGUUGAUCAAGAAAUGUAACAGCACAGGUUCUCUGGACCAAACCAAUCUGUCCACGCGGAGUAAAGAUGGACGCCACGUCUAUGGUGUAGAUGCUCAUGGUUACUUGUCCCAUCCCUGGACGGAAGGAAGGGCAAGAGGCACAGAGGAAGACAGUGAUGUAACAGGUUUCAACAUGGAAAGCAGCAGCCAACCCACAGACACAACCUCGAGGAAGAAUAGAUGAAAACACUUGUCCGUCUGUCUGUAGUUGACCUAUUUAUCAAUUUGCAUUCCUGGAUCGUCCGGACCUUGAGAGUAGAACUGGGAGAGACAUGUGAAAUUGUCCUGUGAAACCAUUUCUGGAAUUCUCUCGUCUUUCAGUCGUCUGUUCUCUCUCUCUUCUUGGAUGUGGCUGCUCGGGAUCAGUCGUUUCUCACAAAAAAAAUCUCCUCUGAGAUUGGACAUCCUCCCCUUUCCACAGGAUGUGUGUUUUCAGUAUGAAGGGACUUAACAAUAAUGACAAGAGGCUUAGCCUUUUAGAGUUACCAGGAGUCAGCCUGGCAGUCCAGAGCUUCACAUUUGAGCCAUGCUGAAAUGCAAAAUAUUUGGAAAGCCAUUGGAGGGGCGGGACUGGAAACCUGCAGUGAUGGACAAACAUUUCUGAAAGUGAUGUUAUUUUGAUGAAACUGCAAAAAAAUAAUGUAAUUUUCUCUAAGGAACAGGGCUUGUUUGACCCACCGUGCCGUCAACCUUUGUGCAAAAACAGUGUUGUUAGUAUUGAAAAGAUGGCUAACCCUGAUGUUUCUUUUGAGGAAGAACUGAACUUUGUACAGUUGUUUCUUGUUUGUUUGUUUGUUUUGUCUGUUUUGUCUGUUUUGUCAAAUCCAUCAGUAAAAGUAGCAUCAACCUUUUUAGCAGAUUGGGUGGGUAAAAGAAUAUCAGAAAAGGAAAAAUACAUUUUCCGUGUUCUUUUCCAACUUCGGUGUACUGAAGUUGACCGAAUGUAGACAUGUCUGUCUCCGUUCUCCGAGAGGGAGCCCAGGAAAGAGCGAGCAGCCUGAUAGUCUGAAAAUUGACAAAAGGGCCUCUUUGAAUAGAAGGAAUGGAAAUGUGAAUGCUGCUGAGAAUACAUGUGGGUUGUUAGUGGAAGUGUUGGCCACUUUGAGAGUGGACCCUAUGUGCUUUCUACUUCCCCAUGAAAGGGCUAAAAUGUAUUGAGUGCAGACCUGGGCCAAAUUCUAUUGUCAAAAAAUGAUUUGCUAUGUAAAACAGCAUUUGAAAGUGUCUUUAAAAAACAAAAAAAAGGUGUGCCCAUUAUUUUUAAAGACCUUUUCUGAUGGUAACAAGGCAAAUGUGUCAUAGAGAUGUCUUGUAAGACAUAUCAGACAGAUUAGUGAGAAUAAAAUAUAAUAUUUGUCCUGUAUUUAACCAUUUUAAACAGAAAAAUAAUUAAGUGUUCAGUAAAAAACAUUCUCAGCCUCCAUGAUAAGUAGGUUUUCUACGGGUCAAAAUUACACUUACUUAAAAGAGGGGAUAAAUAGAAUAUUUCACAGUACAAUACAAAUGUAUUUUCCAAAUUUCCCUCGCUCAUUCCUUUGUGCAGCUCACAUGCAGCAUUUUUAUCAGGCAGAUGCUGAAUUUGUCUUCCUAUAGAUAAGUGACUGGACUUGUUUAAGUUUUCUUGAAGUUUCCCUCUUGUCUGAGAGGCUUCUUCAGUUCAAACUGACUGGUGGCAAUGCCCAGAUAUUUACCCUUUGACAGUUUGCUCCAUGAAAACUCAAGAAAGUCUGAAGAAUAUGAAGAAACCAUAACUUGGAUGAGUAUGGACCUUUACAAACAUCUUCCUCAAAGAUACUUCCUUUUUACCAAUUCACAAUGAUCCUGGCAAUUUAAAAAUCACAGUGGCACAAUGGCACUCAUGCUAAUAUAAGUGCUAAAACAAAUCCCACUGUUAAGGGCAGCCAAAACCAUGCCAAGACAACACGUGGCCAGGCUGCUAAAUAUUGUUCUGGUAGGCAGACAACAAAACUAUGUAGCCUAUGUAAAGUAUAUGUAAGCAUGUUAAAAGUCCACUUAGCAAUGCUAACACUAGCACAAGUUUGGCUACGUCCAGCACCAUAACACAACUCACCUCAUGUAAACAAACCAAGGAGGCACUUUGUUUUUCCUGUCUACACAUACACUGUGAAAGUCUUCACCCUGGCUGGAGUUUUCCAAAAUUUCCGAAAAACCUAACCCACGGUUUCUGUGUGUUUAAAAUCCAAAACCCACAGUUUAAGCUAGGCUUUCAAAAAUACCAGCCUACAUGUGGACUGGGCCUAGUUAAAGCUAAUGUUAGCUGCUUUGGUUAGCUUUGUCACCUGUGGAGGAACAGUAUAUAAUUUAUGAAGGUAAGAUUACAACUUUAUUUACGUUGGAGUGCUUCCUUUUUAGCUAACAUCAAGCUGUCUCAAGCUUUUCCUCUUGUUAAAUUUGCCAAAAUAUACUAACACUUGCUAUUCGCGUUAUAUAUAUAGAAAGAUACCAAUGUUAAAGGUUGCUAAGGUUCGUAUGGUCACCUUACCAUCAGAAUACCUGGGAUUGGGAGUGGGAUUUUGUUUUCUUUCUGCUUUAAACCCAAAUAAUUAUUUGACUCAGGUCUGCUUGACUGUAGCAAGAUAUUAGAACUUCACCUGAGACUGUGGCAAGUUGGUGUAAUCUGUCAUUUUGACCAAACGUAAUGAGCUGUCAUUAUGAUAUAGUUAUAAUCUUUAACAUCUACUGUAGGUACAGUUGGACCUUUAUGCACUUCAUAGAGGUAAAUAUACUAGAGCCUGACAAAUGUGUUCUUUUUUUGAACGAUAUUGAUAAUGAGUAAAAAAAAGCAGAGUGGUUAUAAAACCCUUAAUAGCUCCCUUCCAUUAUCUAUACUACUUAUAUGAUAAUUGGAUGGUGAGCUGGAACUAUCAUAGGUGAUAUAAAUGUAAUUAUAAAGAACUGUAAAUGAAGAGAAAACACAAACACAUAGUAUUCAAAUUAAGCAAAUCAACUUAAUGUUUGAGAUAAAAUGUAUGUAAAACAUAUUUUCCACAUUGUAAACAUCUGAAAAACAAAUCAUAGCAAUAAUAAUAAUAAUAAUAACAUAAAUGACACGGUUUCAAAUUGUGUUUUGCUGCAUUGUUUAUUCUGAACAACACAAGUUUUUGAAAGGCUCAUACGGGCCCAAUUUUUAUUACUGAACCGAUAAAUUGGUCAGGCUCUAGCAUAAACAAUAAAUAUGUACAUGUCGCGUGCACAAACAGCCACACACAAAGAUGUCACUGUCAAAAACACUGCAGCGCGUCUCUGUCUGCAGCUGUGAGACAAGACAGAAAAGACACCUCGGUGUUUAUUUGACACUUUGUCAUCAUUCUUAUUCUCAUUGACUUACAUUAUCUCCCUUUCGCAGGGAAUCCAGAGUAUAAAAUGACUAUUGACGACCCUCCUCUAUUUGAGAUAUGCAAUAUGCUACAGUAGAUGUACAGAUAGAUGUAUGAGACUCGUAUAGAUAGGCAAUAUGGUGAGAGAAGAUUAUAUUUAUGAAUUCAUGUGUUAGAAUAAAAUGUCACAGAGAUUCAAAGGUCACUGAAAGGAUGAUGAUGUAUUCAUGUAUUCUACAGUGUUGGCGUGUGUGUUUUCUCUUUUUCCCCUUCCAUCUCCCCAGCCUGAUUUUCUUCCUCCAAAAUGCAUGUGGGUUUGUAUUUUUUCCCCUGUUUUCUUAAUGUCAUUCUAGUGUCAUAUAAAAGUGAGAUAGAUUUUCAA